AUGGCAGUUAAUAGAGGCCAACAGAGACGCCCUUCCGAGGAACCCUACGAAUCCGGAGAAGCCAAGUACGACUUCCAAUGGACUGUCGAUCACGAAGACUCUGGCAUUAACUACGGACACCAGGAAGCCCGUGACGGUGAAGACACUCAGGGAUCCUACUACGUGCACCUCCCCGACGGCCGCCUGCAGACCGUCAGGUUCGUCGUAGAAGGUGACGACGGCUACGUGACCGAUGUCAACUACGAUGGCAAGGCUCGUUUCCCCGACUCCUACGAGUCUGCUUCCUUCGAGUCCCGCGAUUACAGUUACUUCUAUGAUACCAAUGAAUCAAAGUAAAAGACUCUUUCCUGAGCGCCCUAAGGGCCCCUUUAGACUUUUUGUAAACAUGUAAAACUAUUUAUAAAUGAACUUUUUUGUAAAAGAAAAAAAAGAAAGAAAGAAAGAAAGAAAGAAAAAAAAAACAUAUAUAUAUAUUGGAAUAACAUACAUACCCCUAUAAUAGUAAGCUCGUUUACUUAACAGCCAUAAUCACGGUAUGCAAAUUAAGCAAAGCAGAUGGUAAAACUAAACUACAGUGUUUUUGGUAAAAUGUCAAGAUCUUUCAACAUAUUCGGAAAUAAUAAUUUAAAAUUGAAUUUUAUUGUGUUUCGUACCAACUUCCAUUUUAAUAUAUAUAUCAUCAGUAGGUGUACGUAUACGGAAUUUACAUUCUCCUUAUCAAAAAGAAAAAAAAAAAGAAAAAAAAAAAAGUUGAUCUACAACACUAAAAUGCAGA